GGGACCGGGAACGGGACCGGGAAAGGGAAGCUUCCCCCGGGGAUUUGACUCCUCCGGGAUGCGGCUCUCUCUCCGGAGCGCGGUUCCCCUGCUCCUUGUCCCUGUUGAAGGUGUCACACGUUUGGAAGUAUCGGCGUCACGGAUGGGGCUGGCUCCUUKCAGGGGAUCAUGAAGAGGCCACUGGAUCCAGUGUAUCCUGACCUCCUCUGCACAUCUAUUGGGAUAAAAGCUGCAGGAUUUGCUGUCCCUACUKGCAUGGGCUCCUUGGUCUGUUGCUGUGGCUCUUAUUUUCCUAUUCAGCAUUUUCUUGGUAGGACGAUGGUGCUUUGUUUCCUGAGCAGAGCCCUACCACGUGUGAGGCACUCACCCAGCCUUCUGGGGAGACGGCUCUGCUCAGCCAGCACAGAGAAGCCAGUGCUGACUUUAUUCACCAAGAAACCAUGCCCUCUGUGUGAUGAAGCCAAAGAAGUUCUUGAGCCAUACAAGAGAAGGUUUAUUCUGCAGGAGGUGGAUAUCACCCUUCCGGAGAAYUCGGCGUGGUAUGACAAAUACAAAUACGACAUUCCUGUUUUUCACUUGAAUGGGAAGUUCCUAAUGAAGCAUCGAGUGGACCUUCAGAAGUUUGAGGACUGGCUCACAAAGCUGGAGCUGCAAAGUGGUGGAAGCCAGUGAAGGAAAUGCAGCUGGUGUGGAUCUCAAAGUUGAAAUGUACUGUGGACUGUGGAAAAAAAGUAUUCAUCAUCUGGCCUUAAGUUUCUUAAAACAAAUGGUAUUCRAGUUCAAAAUCUGCAGUGGCUUGUGCUGUGUUUUGUGUUUAACACCCAGCCCAGCUGCACCAGGAGCCUCCUUUUCAUUUGCUGUUCUUG